GACCAAGUCCGGUAAGUAUGCUGUCUGCAAUCACGCUUAUGGAGGCUGUGCAAACAGGGCUGCGUAGCCAUGUUUAUACCGCGUUCAGAAAAGGCCCCCAACCCCCACAUUAGCGCAACGUCGAACUCCAGCUCGUCGUAUGAACACUGGUCAUGUGUGGUCAAACUCCAUGGGGCCAUCAGCACUAUACCGGUAAGGUGUUCGCACUUUGCGGCAUUGUCGGUAGUGGAAGCCGUAGAACAGUAAGCAAUAAAGAGUUCCAGGUGGAUGGGUCGGUCUCCGCUUGCUGCUGGAUCAUGCGAGGCUGAGCUGGAUGCCUCAUACAAGGCAUGGUAAGUCUUAUUGUCAGCUCGCCUAGUUUGGGAAGAUUUUGCGUCUCCUCUUAUUUUUUUCCUCACUAUUCUUUUAAUCUUUUCUGUCACUCGCUCCACUAUUUGUUGUGGACUUCGUGGAGAUGGUACGGCUUCUGAGAGGUCGGAGCUUCGACAAUAUACCAGGACCUCAUCUACAUGGUCGAGACGCAGCUCCUCUAGAAUGCAAUGGACGAAACGAUAUACCUGAAUGUUAUUUAGGUAUAGCAGGAGGAGCGGCCUCGAAACCCGAAACACCUGAGGUGUUCCCGAGGACUACCGAUGACUCUGCACUUGCAGUUGAAACCAAUGGCCUUGGAGGAAGCAAACCAACACCUGCACAAACUUUCGACGUCACAAUACCUACGACAUUUCCGACUCAAAGUAUAGAUCCUACCCUAUCGACAACUAUAGUCAGCUCAGAACCAAGCUUGGUGACAGCGGGGAGUGCGAAAGGACCAGCACACGAUACCAGCGGACUCACCACAGGAGAAGUAGUGGGCAUCGCAGUCGGAACUCUGGUCAUAGGCGCAGCACUCGCAUUUCUUGCUGCAUUCUUCCUUUUCAAGCGACGGAACAGGCAGCAGAGUGGCAACAUUGGUGAAAGGGGAUACCCGAGUUAUGGAGAUUCGGUGCCUGAGUUUACCAUGGUACAAAAGAGCGUUGGUAGCUUAGGAGACAUGCAUAGCCCUUACGUACAGGUGCCUCAGAUACCACUGCUAGCUCGACGACCCAUUCCACCCGCAAUUCCAGCUCCGGUAAAUGUGGGUCACACAACAUAUACGGAUAUCACUGGUUUUUUGCCGCCUGUUGCACGAGACAGCGAGGUGUGUGAUAGGGUAUCCGCGCUGUUUGAGAAGAUGCAUGAGCAUAUAGAGCGAAACUAUCGCGACGUUCAUGCCAGCAUCACGCCGAGCAUGGAAUCUGGAAUUGCUAGCUUUGGAGCAAAGGGUGUCAAUAUGACGGAAAUGUUGCAAGAGUGCUCGAAUCCGACUACUGCGCUCAAGCAUGCACUCGUGUCGUAUGUAAUGGCCAUAACGAGUUCGAACAAGGACGAAGAACACACAGGCACAUUAUUCCCUGAAGAACUCAGUAGUAUAAAUUCUGAGAGACACAGUAGCAGCUCGGACCCGGGGGUCACUGCAGCAGCCUCUCUACUUAAACGAACCUCGGUGUACCUUUACACCAGUACAUCUGGUACACCCGAGUCCGCUCAAUCCUGGGCGAUUCAGUCCAGCGCCCGCGAAGUCGCUGAACACUUUUCCAUGACGUUUUUCCCUUGGGCCAAUCCCACAUGUAGUGACCAGCAAAAAGAUGAAGACCUUACAUCUAUUAUCAUAGAAGCACGAGAGAUAAGCAUAUGGUUGUUCGGACAGCCAGACUUAUAUGAGUUUGAAUGGGGUGGAGCUGGCAGAAGAGGAGUGCUAGUCAGUCCAGGACUGGUGAGGCGCACAAAUGCAACUGGCGAUGAACAGGAAACGAGGGUAGUGGAAGGUGCAAUUGUGGGUAUGUAGACUAAAUAUAUGAUCCCAUCGC